AUGCCUGCUAUCAAUGUUGGGCCCGCCAGUGACGAUCCCGUAGGGAGUCCGAUGUACCGUGCUUCACCCGGAGCUCCUGCAGGAGCGUUUCACGACCCUGUAGCAACUUCGGUAACAGUCACCAGUGGUGCGGGUACCGGCAGCAACGGCAGCCCCCAGCUGCCUCCCGCCAUCUUACCGAGACAGGUUACUCUGCGAGACCGAGUGACAGCCGCGACGCUAAUCCCCUUCUCGUCGGCACAGGAGGUUCCCCGUUCGCUGCUUGCGUACCUGUGCGACCAGCUGAACAAGGAGAUCGAGAAGGGUGAUACAUACCCCUUCUUGAAUCCACUAAGCCUAGAGGAGUUCGGCACAGACUGGUUCUCGCACUUCACCGCUGUCAUGCUGCUCGGAGAUGUACCUACCGUUGGCCAUGUGCGGUCUUUAGAAGCCAUUGGCGCCGACUGGGGCAAAAUAUGUCUGGGCAGCUUCAAUAUCAAGCCCAAUUAUCCUGGGAGAAGUAGUCAUAUAUGUAAUGGUGCCUUCCUGGUGACGGAUGCCUCGAGAAACCGCGGUGUAGGCCGGCUGAUGGGAGAAUGUUACCUGGAAUGGGCUCCACAGAUGGGAUAUACAUAUGCCGUGUUUAACCUGGUCUACGAAACCAAUGUAGCAUCCUGUCGAAUAUGGGAUGCGUUAGGAUUCAAACGAGUUGGCAGAAUACCAGGCUGUGGCAAUCUACGCUCAUACCCAGGCCAGCUUAUUGAUGCAAUCAUAUACGGUCGAGAUCUCGGUCCAGAAGGAGAAGACUUUGUUUCUGAAGAAAGGUUUGACAAGAUCAGGUAUUACCUGAAACACUCCAAGUACCCGAGUGGUGCAGAUAGGGCUGAGAAGAGCCGCCUGCGCAGCGCAGCUACCCACUACAAGCUCGUAGGUGGCGAGAAGGGCGAGCCAGAGAAGCUGAUGCUGAAGGAUAAGGAGGUUGUCUCUGAUCCCCAGCAGCAGUAUGAAAUAGCUCGCAAGAUACACCAACAGCAGCACGGUGGUAUCAACAAGACAACGGCCACCAUUGCCCUAAAAUAUCACUGGGUUCGGAUCAAGGAGACGGUCAGCAUGGCCAUCAAGAACUGCCCACAAUGCAAGGAAAGCCCCAAAGCGCCGAUAAACGGUGCCAACGGCAUCCAUUCCGGCGCUCCGACCAACAGCAAUUCAGAGACCAAUAACUUGCCAUUCAAACGAGAGAAGCCAUCGGCUACACCUCGAGCUAACACCUUUGAUAUACCCGCACCUAAUGCCUUUAGCCCGUCUCAGCCUGACCAACAACUUCCCAGCGUAUCCGCAGCAGUCCACCAGUACUCCAAGGAGGGAACCUUUAGUCCUACUCCCCACCCCCAUUCGCACCACACACAUUCCCACACGAACCCUCUCAUACACUCCGAGCAAAUGGCGGACUACGCCGAUAUACCGCUCGAUCCUCAAAUAAUGGAUGACAUACACCACCAUCUACCUCCCUUUCAGCACCAUAAUGGCGUCAACGUUGGCGUGGGAGUGAGCCCGUAUGAAACCGACGGCACACAGGACCCUCACGGCUUGACUCAUGGCUUCGACCAUACCCCUAUGCAGCACCAUGACCAUGACCACCACCACGAACACCACCAUCACGACCAUACAGGCAGCUAUCAGGUAGUUGAAGACGAGGAUCUCAUGGCCUCGCAUGCUGGUGUAGGCGUCGGUGUAGACGUCGGUGCGGGAGUAGGUGUCGACGUUGACGUUGACGUCGGUGUUGGUGUGGGCAUGCGAGACCAGUCCAUGAGACUUGCAGAGGCAACGCGGCUACAGAACGAUGCGCAGUUCCAGGCAGACCUACUUACCGUUGCCUUUGGCGGAAGAGAUGAACAGAAUCACUUUGACAGCUGA